GCAACGAUCAGAGUGUUUGUCGACUCGCUGCUCCACGAUCCUGGGUUCAAACUUGAGCUUUUUCUUUUUACAAGCUAAGUUUCACAACCUACGGUAGGACGAGGAGGAGGAGGAAGAGGAGGAGGAGCCUUUUCCAGGGACAAGUAAAGUUGGGAGAAGGAGGAGAUCAAGCCAGGUUUCUUAAAUGUGGAGCUGAACCUUCAGCACUUUUAAAGCACCCUCUGCGCUCUCUGCCUCUUCAAACACCCCUCAAACUUGUACAUUAAAGUCGUCUUCGUCGGUUUUUAUUAGAAAGGUACGCUUUUAGACACGUGUUCUCUUUUCAGGAAAAGUAAACAGGAUUCCAUAAACUUGACACGUCCUUUGGUUCUUUUUUAUGGGACUCGUAGGUUUGUAUAUCGACUGAGAUAUACCUUAUACACUAUCUGUUGGAUGCACUAGUACCUCUAGUACGAAAAAGUGAUGGCAUCCGAAACGAGAAACGGCGGCACAUCGUCGUUCAGCAACAAUGGCAGCAGCAAAACCAAGAGGAUACUGUUGGUCGUCAUGGAUAUCAUCUGCAUGAUUUUAGCUGCCCUGCCUUUCCUGUUAAUUGAAACUAGCGUGAUCGAGCCGUAUCGACGCGGGUUUUACUGCAGUGACCAGUCCAUCCGGUAUCCUUAUAAAAAUGGAGAAACCAUAAGCGAUGCCGUGCUCGGUCUCGCUGGCAUUGUUAGUGCCAUCGUCUCUAUUGUGAUUUGCGAGUGCUACAGGAUCCGUUGCCUUAAGCAGGGCUCUCACUCGUUUGUGGGAAACCCGUACAUCUCUGCCCUUUAUCGGCAAGUCGGCGUGUUCAUCUUCGGCUGCGCCGUCAGCCAGUCGUUCACGGAUAUCGUGAAGGUGUCAGUGGGGCGCAUGAGACCACACUUUCUGCACGUGUGCAAUCCAGACUUCUCGCAAAUCAACUGUUCUGAUGGUUACAUCACCAACUACAAGUGCUUGGGCGACCCUAGCAAGGUGCAGGAGGCGAGGAAAUCCUUCUUCUCUGGACACGCCUCAUUUUCACUGUACACCAUGCUGUAUUUAUCUUUCUAUCUGCAGUCUCGGUUUACGUGGCGUGGAGCUCGCCUCCUGAGACCUCUGGUGCAGUUCACUCUUCUGAUGAUGGCUUUCUACACCGGUCUGUCUCGUGUUUCAGACCAUAAGCACCAUCCCACUGAUGUUCUCGCUGGAUUCGUACAAGGAGCGUUGGUGGCCUACUGCAUAGUCUUCUAUGUAUCAGACCUGUUUAAGCCCAAAGUCAAGACUGUAAGUCUUCCUGUCAGUCUUCCAUCGACGAUCAGGAAAGAACUCCUGCCGUCCUCUGACACCAAAGACAGGAACAACCAUCACAACAUGGUGUGAGAGGAAGAUAUGGGAGAAAACAUCCCUAGAAAUGAUUCGACACCUUUUUGGAAGAACCUGAAGAGCCACCUGUGAAUGAAGAGAAGCAGUAUUUUCACUGCCUCCCUCUCUAUCUCUCAUCUGACAGUAGAAUGUAGAGGCAGGAGACAGAGACUUUUUUAUUUUGUUUGUUUGUUUGUUUGUUUUUUUACUCUCGAGACACUCUAUUUUUGUACUUUUACAAAGUUUGCUCUUUCUUAUUCGAGCCCAAUUUAUGAAAACUAAACAAUCUGAAUAAAUGUCAUUCAUUUAAAUGAGAGUCGGUUCCCGAAGCAGCAAGGGACUAAAGUGGGCCUGUAACUUGCCUUUGUUAUACUCUGAAUGGAGCUGAACGCAGAAAGCAUUAAUAAUGGGGCAGAAGAAAAGCAAAACAAGUGCUAACGAAUGAAUGAAUGAAAGAGUGUGACUGUGAGUCUGGUCAUGUGAUCUCUAUCUCUCUCUCUCUCUCUCUCUUCCCCCACCCUUUUUUCCUCUCUCUUGUCUCCGAGGCCUUUUGCCAAUAUAAGACAACAAAUUCCUUGAUUAUAGGAAUGAUAUUACUUGCGACGUUACUAGCACAGAUAUAUUAACAAUAUAAAGAAGAAUAACUUAUAGCACUAUAGCCGAUCAUUAUAAAUCGUCACCACUCGCUGUCUGGGUGGUGUAGCUCCAAGGACGCUCGAUGAGGUUUAGUGUGUGGUAGACCGAAUCCCAAUGAACUCUUACGCUGUGGUAUGUGAGGGUCUAUUGGACUCUACAUACCAUUAUGAGAUGCUGACACUCCUAAGCACUAGACCCAUCCCUGCUGUCCUAAGCUAUCCACACAGAAGCCUAGCUCCAAGGGAUGUUGCAUUUUAAUGGGUUUUUUAAGAGGUGGGGCUUUAAGGGAGGGGGAUAUUGGGGCGGUGAUGUGGGCUGUGAAUAACAGAUGGUAGGCAGAUUUUAAUAGUGAAUUCUAGAUGGUCGCCUAGCCGAGAGGGCAUGGUAGAGCCGUGCUUCUCGAUCCAGUGGGUGUGAUUUGUGCUGGGAAGGAUGGGAUGGGAUGGGAUGGGAUGGGAUGGGAUGGGAUGGGAUGGGAUAGGGGCAGGUGUGUUGUGUCCCGUCAAACGUACUGGUUCGGCACGUUUCAUUUUGAAUGGGUGAACGAGUCUCUUCUGCUGGCUGGUAUGGAUUCUUCUCCCUUCCGAGCACAUAAUCAUUCAGCAGCAGUGCCAACUGGAUCUAUAGCCAGGGACAGUGUUAAUUUAACUGCCUGCCUGCCAGAACUCCCAUCCAACCCAAUAUGUUUGAGGUGUGGGAUCCCACCACAAUCACUCAGUGCCACAUUUUGUGUAUGUAUGUUGUGUGUGUGUUUGUGUGUGUCGGUGAGAUUCUGUAUCUCACUGUGUUUCUGCACCUAGUCCUUGUCGCUGGGCAGAGGACUGUUACCAUGUGAAGAAAAAAAAAGAAAACUGUGGAUUUAUUUUCUCUCAAAUGCCUCUUUUUCUUAUCUAAAAUAAUGUCUACUGUUCUCACUAACUCCUGUACAGUGCUGCCAGACUCGUUUAUGUAUACCAUAUACAACAUCUACACAGCCUCCGACAUGUUGCACAUCCCUCCUUUCGUCUAAUCCGUCCUUUUAUUUCAGCGAACCGUUCUCUUUUUUUUCCCCCUCCUUUCGAAAUAUAUAAAUAAUGUAUAGAUCACUAAAAUUAACUAUGUAAAAUAUAUUUUCUGAACAUAUUUAGUUAUAUCCACUAUAAAUAAAAAUGUCAUGACCUGUGUUAUUUACAAAUUGCUGCUUCACUAAGCAUUGAUUGACAGACUGUAUUGUAUUUAGCCAACUAAACUAUUGUAGAUUUGUCAUAUCGAUUUUUUUUAAAGAACUACACCUACAAAUGUAUCAAAGUUCACUACUAGUAUUUUUGUAUUGUCUGAUUUUGUAAAAAAAAAAAAAAAGAAAAGAAAGAAAGAAAUAAUAGUAUUUUUUUCUGCUAAAUGUACCGAAAUCUAAUACAUGUGUUAUGAAAUAAAAACGAAAAAAAAAAAAGCUCAUUAUGAACAGAAACGUUUAUGUGAUUGUUUAAGUAAUAAGGGUGUUAAUGUUCACUCUACCGUAACGUACUUUGAAAGACGCAUGACUUCAUCCAUUUGGCACCAUGCUAAAGCAGAAAAAGUGUGUGGCUACCAGCGUUAUGGUCUCAGAGAGCGGUAUUUAAAGCUGGUGUGUCUGCAGUAAAUCCACUUUCAGGUCUGUUACGACACAGGGUUGGGGCUUGAAAUAAAAAUUCUCUAUUUACGCCUCUGAAACCUAUCCCCUGGAUGGACUUAAGAACUGAUCGAAUUUAAGAGCUCUCGGAGAGGGACACGGCACCACGGUGAGUCAUAAACGUGUGUCAAAACUGCAGCCAAGAGCACAAGUACGCCAGGGUUGAGCUGGAGGUCUUGGCAAAAAAAAAGGAACGCACAGCUAGAUAGAUCAUAGAGGUCUCAUCUGGAACAGGUCUAAAAGAGCAGGCCGGCGCUGGUGCUGGCACUGCUGCCAUGUUUGGCUCUAGUGUGUGAAUAAAAGCUGGCACUGCCUGUGUGUUAGAAAGGAAACCAAGAAAGAAGGCAUGCUAAUGAAUAUCAGAGUGUAUGUUUGUUAUGGAGACCAUGUUGGCCCUUAAGAAAGGCCGGUGUAGAAGUUUUAAACUUUACCUCUUCCACACACACAUACUGGCACAUCUAUGAAUAACGAAUGCCAGGAAUAAGGGCUGGGCCACUAUUUCAGAUUGUUUAGAUAAAUGUUUAGAUAAAGUGAGUUCUGUGAGGUAUAGCCAGGGGGUUUGUGAUAUUUGAUAACAGUAGUUGAAAUGAUAAACUGCCAUUAUUAUAUUUAUUCGAUUGUUUGAGUCGUGUUUAUUAUUCUUAGAGUUAUUAGCUUUUUUAACAGGUCUCUUCAAUUGAACGGGUUUAGUCCGAACCUCAGUAAGUCACAAACAAGUAGAGCUAUAAAAAAAAACUUGGACAUUUUCUACUCUGUCAGUAUAUAUAUAUAAGACAUAUGGAUGUAAUAAAUAGGCAGAAUAUUACUGUACAUAUUUGAAUCAUGAGCCUAAUAUGUGAACAGUCCUUAACAUAAAUCUGCAGUGAAAACACACACACACGCACACACACACACACACACACACACACACACACACACACACACACACACACACACACACACA